AUGGGUGAUUUUGAAGAAUUUUCAGAAAGGUAUCUUCGACUUGUUGAACACUAUAAGAAACAAUUUCCUUCCAUUGACAUAGACACUAAAGCAGAACUAGCUAAAUUCAAGGGACGUUCUGUUUUGGUGGAAGGAGCGAAUGGAGCUCUUCUAGACAUCGAUUUUGGUACAUAUCCAUAUGUGACCUCGUCGAAUGCCACUGUUGGUGGAGCCUGCACAGGUCUUGGUAUUCCACCGACUGCUAUUACUCAGGUAUGGGAUUUAACAUUCUGUUCCGCUGUUUACGGUGUGGUGAAAGCCUACCAAACCCGUGUUGGCACUGGUCCUUUCCCCACUGAGCUCAAAAACGAAGAUGGAGACCGCUUACAGUCUAUAGGUCAAGAAAUUGGUGUUACCACGGGCAGGAGGAGGAGAUGCGGCUGGUUGGAUCUGUUCCUGCUGCGUCGUAGUGCUCAGAUUAAUGGAUACACAGCGGUUGCACUCACAAAGCUUGAUAUUUUGGAUACAUUCAAAGAAAUCAAAGUUGCCGUUGGUUAUCGUCUAGAUGGGAAGCCCAUUCAUGCGCCACCA